AUGCAGCGGGGUGUCAUCAUUCAACUCCUCAUACUACUAUUAGUGAUAGUGAAUAAAUCCAAUGGUAUUUCGAGUCCUAUUAAACCAUUCACUACCUACAAACAUUCAGCUGAACUGCAGACAAAUGUUGCUGAUCUUUGGUGGAUAGUGGACGAUGCUGAACGAGAAAUUAUCUUCGAGUUCCAUGUCAAAACUACAGGAUGGAUUGCUUUGGGUAUCAGUCCAGCUGGUGGAAUGAGAGGGGCUGAUAUUGGUGUUGGAUGGGUGGAUCUGGCCGGUAUUGUACAUUUUCAAGAUCGUCAUGCAUUCGGUAUGUCACCACCUGUCAUCGACAAUACAACAACAGAUUGGUUUCCUCUACAAGGUCGUGAACAAAAUGGAUGGACAUCCAUUCAAUUCAAACGUUUGCUUGAUACAUGUGAUUCGAUGGAUGUUCCAAUCAAGUCUGGAACAAACAUUCUCAUAUUUGCAUAUGGUCUUGUCGAUCCGGAUCUGUCUCGAUCAGAUGGUGAUAUAUCAUAUCAUGAUACUCGGCGAGGCACACGCAUGAUUCCACUUCGAUCUUAUGGGAAUCCACCUUCGGAGGAGAAAUUUGCCGGACUUGAUUCAUUCGAAUUUCGUGCGCUGAAUUAUCGGGUUCCAUCGGAGGAGUCAACCUAUUAUUGCAAAGUCUACAAAGCUCCUACUCAGUUUUUGACUAAGCAACAUGCUAUUGCACACCAGGUUCUGGUUGAUUCAACUAAUCGUGAUCUUGUACAUCACUUGGUGGUUUACGAAUGUGAUCCUGCGGCUACAUUUGAUGAUGCCAAUCUGCCCGAUGAUGUGUGCGAUAACGUUUAUGCUCAUGUUCAUAUGUGCAUGUCAAAUAGCGCAAUCGUAUGGGCUGUCGGUGGUGACGAUAUUGAAGAGUUUGCUGAAGAAGCUGGCUAUCCAGUCGGCGGUGAUUUUCCCGUUAAAUAUUACGUGCUUGAAAUGCACUAUGACAAUCCAAAGCGAGCGUUGAAUCGUAUUGAUAGCUCAGGCGUUCGAUUUUACAUUGGCGAAAAGCUUCGUCAACACGAUCUUGGCUUUCUUUCGUUUGGUACAGGUCCAAGCCCGGGCUCGCUUGCCAUUCCACCGCAAGUCAAUCGAUUUCUCAUUGACUCCUAUUGUUCACCGAGAGCUACUCAGGUAUCUAUUCAGCACAAUUAG